AUGUCGGACGAAGUCUACGAAGGCGCCAUCGGCAUUGACCUUGGCACAACCUACUCCUGCGUCGCCAACUAUGAAGGCACCAACGUCGAGAUCAUUGCCAACGAGCAGGGUAGUUACACAACCCCCUCAUUCGUUUCUUUCACCGAGAAAGAGCGCUUGAUUGGUGAGGCUGCUAAGAACCAGGCGGCAAUGAAUCCGAAGAACACCAUCUUCGACAUCAAGCGUCUCAUUGGUCGGCGUUAUGAAGAUCCCAUUGUGAAGAAGGAUAUCGAGUCGUGGCCUUUCAAGGUCGUUGACCAGGGCGGAAACCCCGUUGUCGAGGUUGAAUAUCUUGGUGAAACUAAGACCUUUUCUCCUCAGGAAAUCUCUUCUAUGGUCUUGAUGAAGAUGAAAGAAGUCGCAGAGACCAAGCUUGGAAAAAAGGUUGAGAAGGCUGUCAUCACCGUGCCAGCUUACUUCAACGAUAAUCAACGUCAGGCGACGAAGGAUGCUGGUGCCAUUGCCGGUUUGAAUGUUCUCCGCAUCAUCAACGAGCCUACCGCUGCUGCUAUCGCAUAUGGACUCGGCUCCGGGAAGUCUGAAAAGGAACGCAAUGUCCUGAUCUAUGAUCUUGGUGGAGGUACUUUCGAUGUGUCUCUUCUCAACAUCCAAGGAGGUGUUUUCACUGUUAAGGCUACGGCCGGUGAUACUCAUCUCGGUGGACAAGAUUUUGACACUAACCUCCUUGAACAUUUCAAGAAGGAAUUCCAGAAGAAGACUGGAAAGGAUCUCUCAGGCGAUGCUAGGGCUCUUCGCCGUUUGAGAACGGCCUGCGAGCGUGCCAAGCGUACACUGUCCAACGCUACACAGACAACCGUUGAAAUUGACUCUUUGUUCGAUGGAGAGGAUUUCAACUCGUCUAUCACUCGUGCCCGCUUUGAGGAUCUCAACGCUAAGUCUUUCUCUGGCACCCUUGAGCCAGUGCAACAAGUUCUCAAGGACUCUGGCCUUGAGAAGAGCCAGGUUGAUGAGAUCGUUCUCGUCGGUGGCUCCACUCGUAUUCCUCGGAUCCAGAAGCUCCUCAGUGACUUUUUCGACGGCAAGAAGCUUGAGAAGAGCAUUAACCCAGAUGAGGCUGUAGCUUAUGGUGCCGCUGUGCAAGCUGGCAUUCUCUCUGGUAAGGCCACCUCGGCUGAAACUCAGGACUUGCUCCUUUUGGAUGUCGUUCCCCUUUCCCUUGGUGUUGCCAUGGAAGGCAAUAUUUUCGCCCCUGUUGUCCCCCGCGGUCAAACUGUUCCCACUAUCAAGAAGCGCACCUUUACGACUGUUGUAGACAACCAGACGACCGUUCAGUUCCCAGUUUAUCAGGGUGAGCGCACAAACUGUGCAGACAACACUUCCCUGGGCGAGUUUACUCUUGCUCCUAUCCCACCUAUGAAGGCUGGCGAGGCCGCUCUUGAAGUCGUCUUCGAGGUCGAUGUCAAUGGUAUUCUUAAGGUCACCGCUACGGAGAAGUCUUCUGGUCGUACCGCCAACAUUACUAUCUCCAAUGCCGUCGGCAAGCUCUCCACCACCGAAAUUGAGCAGAUGAUCGAUGACGCCGCCAAAUUCAAGUCAAGCGACGAGGCCUUUACCAAGAAAUUCGAGUCUCGUCAGCAGCUCGAAUCUUACAUUUCUCGCGUUGAAGAGAUCAUCUCAGACCCUACCAUGUCCCUGAAGCUCAAGCGCGGCAACAAGGAAAAGAUCGAGUCUGCAUUGAGUGACGCUAUGGCUCAGCUUGAGAUUGAAGAUUCUGCUCCCGAGGAUUUCAAGAAGAAGGAACUUGCGCUCAAGAGACUCAUCACCAAGGCUAUGGCCACCCGGUAA